AUGUACAUACAUGCUCAAUUGCCGUACGUGGAAUCUUUAAGUUUUCCAUAUGUUAAAGUGCAAAAUCUAAGGGUAGUGCCACCGUACGAGCAUGAAUUUAUAGCAUGCGCCAAAGGAAGAUGGCUUGGUAGGCCAAUUUACGAAAUACUACGUGAUGAAUUCAUCUCAAUGGAUAGUGAUGGACUCGCCGAUUCGUUCAGUGAGGGCAGAGUACUUGUGAAGAGGGAUGGAACAAUUACCAAGUGUGAUAUGGGUUAUAUCGUCAAAUCAGGCGAUGUAAUAUACCAUAAAGUUGUGGUACAAGAGCCACCAUGCCUGGCAUUAGCACCUAAAAUCGUAAUGGAUUUGCCGCUGGUGCUGGUGGCGUCCAAACCUGUAGGCCUACCAGUCUAUCCCACAGGCACUUAUAGAUACAAUACUCUAACCAAGGUCUUAAAGAUCGAACAAUUUAAUGACCAUUCAGUGCAAAAUGCAGACAAGUUUUUUGAUGGGAAACGUGUAGUAGAAUCAAAUAUUCAGCUACUACCAUUGCAUCGAAUUGAUAGAUUGGUGUCUGGGAUAGUGGUAUUUGCUAAAACUACGGAAGUUGCUUCAUAUUUAUCGCAGGAAAUCGCACAUGGAAGGGUACAAAAGAUAUAUCUGGCUAGGGUGGUCGGCAAAUUUCCGGAAAAUGCUACAAAUUUGCCACUAAAUGAUAAUGGCGUAUUUGUUGGUAAGGGUUACGUUAUACCCAUUGAUCGCAAGAAUGGGAUUCACAAAUUUUCAUGCGAGCCUACACCUGAAAGUGACGAAAAGGACAUGAGACCUAAGCAGGCUGAGACCCAUUUUAGAUUCCUAAGUUACAAUAAAGUAUUGGAUGAGUCACUCAUAUUGUGUUACCCACAAACCGGACGAACUCAUCAAAUCCGCGCCCAUUUACAGUACCUAAACCAUCCCAUAUCAAACGACCCAACGUAUGGCGAUCCUUCCUUUAAUAGUAGGGGGAUGAAUUAUCCUCCCAUAUCUCACAUUAAUUGGUUGGUUCAAAAUGGGAAUUUGACCAUAGAAAAUCAUGAUUUUUACAUGAAUGUAAGUGAUAAGUUGGGUAAUGGGCCUAUAAAAGGGGCAGGACUUAGAAAAUUGGCAAAUAACAGGGGCGCUGCCCAUUGUGGUGGGAUAUUCCUCCAUGCUAUCAAGUACUGUUGGGGGGCUGCACUUACGGCAGAGGAUACUCAUCCUUUCUGGACUGCUGAAUUUGAGAAUGCAGCGAAUUUAAUCAAUUCUGCCUUAGCUUACUAUUUAACAUAG